UUCCUGCGCGGAGGUCCAGCUCCGGGUUUUCCAGCGAGCCCCGUCUGCGCCCUGCAGCACAGCAGAAUGAAGGCAGUGGGAAGCAGAAACACUAUGGCUGCCAGUCUGUCUCUCACUCAGGUAACACUCCUACAACUCAAAUGUAACGGCGCCGGAGCUCUUUGGCUUCUGACUGUUCUCUCCAGUGGAAAUCCCAUCUAUGACAAAUACUAUCGACAGGUGGAUCCUUCUGGCAGCGGGCGUGUCGCAGCAGCCGACGCCGCCCUGUUCCUGAAGAGGUCGGGGCUGGCUGACCUCGUCCUGGGCCAGAUCUGGGAUCUAUCAGACUCUGAAAGGAAGGGUUCGUUAAACAAACAGCAAUUCUUCAUUGCGUUGAGGUUGGUUGCGUGUGCCCAGAAUGGCCUGGAGGUGGCGCUCAAGAAUCUCCAUGUGGCUGUUCCUCCCCCUAAGUUUCAUGACAGCAGCAGCCCGCUGUCAGCCGGAGGAGCGGCGGCGGCGGCUGACGCUCCCUGGGUCGUCAAGCCGGAGGAGAAGAUGAAGUUUGACUCCAUCUUUGACAGUCUAGGUCCCGUGGGGGGGAUGCUCUCUGGAGACAAGGUCAAGCCCGUCCUGCUGAACUCCAAACUUCCAGUGGACAUCCUCGGCAGGGUGUGGGAGCUCAGCGACCUGGACAGGGAUGGCAUGUUGGACAGAGACGAGUUUUCUGUGGCCAUGUAUCUGGUCUAUAGGGCUCUGGAGGGCGAGCCCGUUCCCAUGUCCCUCCCUCCCCCCCUGGUUCCACCCUCUAAGAGGAAAAAGCCCGCCGUUUCUCCCCCGAUGCCCCUGCUCCCCUCGCCCCCGUCCGUCAAAGAUAGUCGCUCCUCCCACGCCGGUCCCAAGACCGCCUCCCACCCUCCCAAACCUGCUCCAGCUCCUGCCCCGACACCAGCAGCUGCCCCUUGGGUGGUGACACCAGCAGAAAAGGCCAAGUACGAUGAGCUCUUCAGCAAGACGGACGGGGACAUGGACGGCCUGGUGUCCGGACCAGAAGUCAGGGACAUUUUCCUGAAAACGGGGCUGCCCUCUGCCACACUCGCUCGCAUUUGGGAGCUCUGUGACAUCGGAGACAUCGGGAAACUGACCCGGGAACAGUUUGCCUUGGCACUUUAUCUCAUCAAUCUGAAGCUGACCAAAGGCUUGGAGCCUCCGCAGAGUCUUUCCCAAGAAAUGAUCCCUCCCUCAGACAGACAAAACAUCAAGCAGAGCAAUGCUGCCAACCUGGCGGCUGACUUCUCUGCCAUUAAGGAGCUCGACUCUCUCAGUAACGAGAUUGUAGAACUACAAAGGGAGAAGAGCUCUGUGGAGGAGGAGAUCAAGGAGAAUGAGGAGGCCAUUCGGCAGCGCAGCGACGAAGUGCAGGAUCUUCAGGAUGAGGUGGCCAAGGAGAACGAGGAGAUGCAGCGGCUCCAGACGCAGCGGCAGAAAGUCCAGGAGGCUCUGGAGGAGCUGGACCAACAGAAGAGCUCUCUGGAGGAGCAGCUCGCCCACAUUCGACGGCAAACCAGCCAGGAGGCCAAACUGAUCGCUUCACUGCAGUCGGAGCACGGUGAGCAGGAGCAGAAGAUAUGCCAGUACGAGGAGGAGCUGGUCCAAGCGCGGGAGGAGCUGCUGGCUCUGCAGGAGGAGAGCAGGAGGCUGCAGGAGAAGGUGAAGGCUGCGCAGGAGCAGCUCACGCCGCUGCAGGAGUCUGUGCAUGACUCCUUCACACAAGUGUCACAGGUCCGGCAGAAGGUGAAGGACCUUCAGGUGGAGGAGAGGUCUGUGACCGCCCAGCUCAGCUGGAAGAGAGCCCUGGAGGACAGCUCUCCGGUCAUGGUCAACGGCGCCGGGGGGCACCACGACAGCUCCCCAAACCGGGAGGAUGGGCCUAAGGAGCUGAAGGUGGAGGAACCUCCUGCUGCGUGCAGACAGCAGGAGAACAGUUUAGAUGAAAAGCAAAAGACCAAAGAGACAGAAGGAGAAGAGGGGAAGGGAGGUGAGAGUCCAAAGCCUCUGCAGGAAGAAGGCGCCAAACCCGACGCCCUGGAUGACCUCUUCGCCUGCUUCGCCUCUUCUGAUUUAUACAACAGUCUUUCCAAGAAUCAGGAGGCCACUGUUGGGGAAAGCAGCUCUGCCCUCAAUAUCUCCUCUGAGACAAUCGAUGAUGACGAGGAGUCGCCUAAAGUCACACCGCUGAAGGUGGAGUCUCCAGAGCCGGAGAGCAGAGACGACCCGUCAGAGUCUGCAGAGACGGCCGCCUCCUCUUUGCCCCCUCAGGUCGUCCCUCGCUCCUUACCGCCACAGACCAGCCCCCCAUCCCUGCCCGAAAUGGACUUUUUCCAUUCCGACCCGUUUACCGACCACGAUCCCUUUAAAGAUGAUCCCUUCGGAAAAUCGGGCGGAGCUGAUCCGUUUGAGGGAGAUCCGUUUAAAGGUACAGACCCUUUCGCCGUGGACUCCUUCUUCGCGCAGACCUCCGAAGUCGCCUUCUCCACGGAGGACCCCUUCUCCGCUCCGGCCGACCCGUUCGGUACGACUCCCGGCAUACCAGAACCGGACCUGUUUGCGUCCAAGCUGAAUGACGCGGCUUCAGGACAAGCGGCGGACCCCUUCGUCUCCAAGGACUCCAAUCCUCCUCUAGCGCCCAAAGAUCCGUUCAGCUCCGCUCAGAACCAGGGGAACGCCGCCGAUCCGUUCAAGGCGAGCCCUGUGGAGGGCGAGACGGACCCGUUUGCCUCUCAGGACGGAGGAUCAGACCCGUUCAGCAGUUCUCCACCCAGCUCUGAGCUGACAGUGAAGCCCCCCUCCCUCAACAACGACCCCUUUGCUCCAGGUGGUACUAAAGGAAACGCCUCCUCAGAUCCAGAUCCCUUUGCUGCCGUGUUUGGUAACGAAUCGUUUGGAGAAGGCUUUGCGGAUUUUAGUGCCUUGACUAAGUCAAACGGACCCGACCAGUUUGGCAUCAACAACAAGAACCUUUUCCAGGACGAAACCCCGCCUGCAAGUGCCGACGUGCCGCCAGCUCUGCCCCCCAAAACCGGUACACCCACGAGACCUCCCCCUCCCCCCCCAGGUAAGAGAUCGUCUGUCUCUAGAACCGAGUCCUCCGACUCCUCCUUCCAGCGAAGAGCGCCGUUCCUCCCACAGACCGCCGGGGACUCCUCCUCCUCCUCCUCCUCCUCCUCCUCCUCCUCCCUGCCUGUCAAGGACCCUUUAGCCGACCCCUUCGCCCCCUCCUCCCCUCCUCGUCAGAGCGUACGGGAAGCCGAUGGGUUUGCCAGCUUUGAUAAAUAUCCAACAGAAGAAGACAUGAUAGAAUGGGCAAAGCGCGAGAGCGAGCGCGAGGAAAAGGAGCGGCUAGCAAGGCUAACCCAGCAGGAGCAAGAGGACCUGGAGCUCGCCAUCGCUCUAAGCAAGUCUGAACUUUCCUGAAGAGACUCGUCCCGCUCCGCUGGCCUGGCUCCGACAGGCGCGGCCCGGCCCGGCACGGCCCAGAAUGCACCAAAGCAGCUCGGGGAAAGGAUGUGGCCACCUUAGACGGCAGACAAAAAGACGGCAGAUGCGUUCUGGCAUCUUCCAAGUCCCAACAGAACCGGAUUCAAGUUUUAUUUCCUACUUUUUGGUUUUGUUCUUGUUCAAAGAAACAGCUGUGAAGAGCAUCUUCCACCCAGACCACAAAUGCAAGACGAAUUCUCCAGAAUGUCAUUUCUUUAGCUUCCUAGCUUCUAACCAAACUCACUACACCUUAAAUCUCACUGUGGGAAGGACAUCUACACCUAAAAACCACACUGCUCUGAAGGUUUUUCAGGACCAUUUUGGAAAGUUUAACGUCUGGAUCUCUUUGAACUGAAGGGACCUUGUUGUUCCAGAGAACAAAUGAGACGUUUGUCUUCUGGGUCUUUCUGUUCAUUUCUACUCUGUUAAACUAAAAUCUUCAGUCUCCUCAGAUGUGAAAUGCAUGUAAGAAUGGACAAAAAACAACAUAAAUGACACUUUAUUUCUCUGAAGUGUGCCUCCUGACAGCAGCUUUUAAAGGGGGGGGGGGAUUUUUUUAAAAGUUGAGGAACACUACAGUGAUUUUUUUUUUUUUUUUUUUUUUUCACAGGCAGUUUGGCAUUUGCUGCCUAAAUAGCACUCUUAGCUUUGAUACCAACUUUCAUGAAAGUGGCCUGCAAAGGUAACGUUUCUGCAGAAAGAAAACCUUUCUAUUAAACGUUUAAGAGGCUGAGGGUCCCGCUGAAGGAUCCACUGUUGUCGCACAACCAUGCCGCUGUUUUUCACCUGUUAUUGUCUCAGAACAUACCAACCAGGGGGCUCCGCUCAGAUCCAUUCGUGCUCGGCGUGUUUCUGGAAGACUUUUCCUCUGUGAGAAACGCUUUCGUCUUAAAUCGUCUGCUUCCCAGACUCCAUGCAGGGGAAAAGCCUCCGCAUGUUGGGAGGAUCAAAGCUGGCGUAGAACCGCACUUUCACUCCUCACAGUAACCUCUUAUUUCUGUUCAACGUUUCUAAAAAAGGCACAACUAAAAGUGAGUCUUCUCUGACCAAAACUUGCACCGUCUGUCCGGAUUUCUGUUCUGGGGCCUGCAGUACUUAUUUUUUAAUUUAACAGUUUACUCUGCAGUUAAAACGGGCCUUGCUACUUUAAGUGAAUUGUAAAUACAGGAAUAUUUGCAUGUGUGAUUUUACGCUAAACUCCACGGUAGUUUCUUUCAAAGGCUCCCGUACAUUUAAUGUUACUGUCGUUUGUACAGAAAUAAACCCACAACCCCAGAAGUCUAUAGGCUCGCUCCUGAAGUCUUUUUUUAAAAUGCACGCUAAUUAUUAUAUUUUAAUUUGUUUCUUGACUUGUAAGAAAAGCAUCAUGGAGACUGUCGGCCAAAAUAUGUCAUGCAUUUAACUGAAGCUGAAUAAUAAAAUGUCUAGUUUUA